CUUACACAGUCACUGCUGCUCUCCUCUAAAACAGACAGGAUUCACAAGGAUGUCUCUGGAGAGCUGCAGUCUUCAGUAUGUUAAAUUACUUUCAUCAUGUAUUUUCAGAUGCCUAUUGAUUUCGCAGUAGGAAGACUGAACGACCACAGCAGCCUUUAAGCAGCCAUGCACGCUCUGUAUGUUAGCAUUAUGAUGAGACAAUGGCUCAGCAUAAGAACAUCUUUUCAUUAAGAUCAUUUUUUGGAGCGACAUUUAGCACCUGGUUUUUAGUGUCCUCUGCUUACAAGUGAACAACAUGAGGAAAUCGCAGCUGGAAGUGGUUGAGAAAGGAUUUAUAAUCUUCAGCAGAGGUACACAACUAUAAUCCAAGUCCUGCCAAUUGCCGUUUACAGGAUGAAUUGGAUGGGAUUUCUGCAUGUCGGCUGCCCAAGGAAUUGGACUCUACUUCUCUAGCCUCUAAGCCUGAAGACACAAGGGAAUUAGCUGCUGGAUAGUGAAGCAAACCUGCAUCUCAUACACAUAAAAGAACUAGGGAUUGUUCUAGAAUUGUCACCCUCCAUACUCAUUGUUUGCAGGGGUGUCUGCGUGGAAACAAAAUGGUGAGCAUACUGUAAAACCAAUGUUUGCAAUUCCUGAAAUUUGGAUGCUAAAAGAAAGAUAAAGAGUUAAACAAAUGGAUUUUUUUUUAAAAAGGGCACAUAUACCUGAACAUGAUGAUUGUGGCCUUAUAAUAUCUACAGCCUACUGAAAUCAUUAAUUGAUGGGCACAUUUGUUUCUCCACGUUAUGAUUAGUGCUGUGUCCUAUUACGAAUGGGAUGGAUAUUCGUAUCACAGAUGGUUUCAUCUACAGCACUUAUGCUGGAUUUUACAAAACGUUUUCAACAACUACAUCGUGACUCCAGACAAAUAAGCUUGCGUGCUUAAAAAAAAAAAAUGUGUUUUAGCAAGAAAAAAGUCCUGCCAUGUGUGCCAUCAUACUGAAUCAAUCAGGCCUCCUCACUGUAGGUUGUGAGUUCUUAAGGUGAUACAAUAUAGCAAAUAAAACACAAGAGAAUUCUAACUCAUUGUAAACUCUAAACUGGAACACGUCUCAUAAUAUUGGCGUCAGGGAACCAGGCACCUAAGGGCCAUCAUUGUGACCAUAAACAAUUGGUCUGUUUUGCAGCACAAACUGGGGGAAAUAUAGAUUCAACCCCUGCUGUAACAUUCAGCUAUGCAACAUGUUUUUAGCCAUCUGAGAAUGUGACAAUGACAUCAUGUUCCAAGUUCUGCAAAGAUGCUUCAGUGAACUAACAGUCCCUUACGGCAGAAGGAAACAGGAUUCACAAGACUUGAUUGAAAAGGAUGUGUUUCACUUUCUUGCUAGAAAUCAACAUGCAGUCUGAAAUUAACCUAACAGUUCGAGAUGAUAUUUUUGACAUCAGCACCAAUAUGUACCGACCACUGUCUUACCCACUUAGCUUCCAAAUCUCUCUUACUUGCUUUCUCAUGCUGGAAAUUGUCCUGGGUCUUGGGAGCAACCUCACCGUACUGGUUCUUUACUGCAUGAAAUCAAACCUGAUCAACUCAGUCAGCAACAUUAUUACUAUGAAUCUCCAUGUGCUUGAUGUGAUAAUAUGUGUGGGAUGUAUACCUCUAACUAUUGUUAUACUACUACUACCACUGGACAGCAACAAUGCUUUGAUUUGCUGCUUUCAUGAAGCAUGUGUAUCCUUUGCCAGUGUUUCCACUGCAGUUAAUGUAUUUGCCAUCACCUUGGACCGUUAUGAUAUAUCUGUCAAACCUGCAAACAGAAUUCUAACCAUGGGUCGGGCUGUUAUAUUGAUGACAUCUACAUGGGUUGUUUCUUUCCUGUCCUUCUUGAUUCCUUUCAUCGAGGUCAGUUUUUUCCGUUUUCAAAGUGAGAACACUUGGGAGAACAAGACACUUUUGUGUGUCAGUACAAAUGAAUAUCACACGGAACUUGGAAUGUAUUAUCAUCUCUUGGUGCAGAUUCCAAUCUUUUUUUUCACAAUCAUAGUGAUGUUAAUUACCUACAGUAAAAUACUUCAAGCUCUCAACAUCAGAAUAGGCACAAGGUUCUCAACAGGGCAGAAGAAAAAAGUAAGGAAGAAAAAAACUAUUUCAUUGGCCACACAGCACGAGACCACAGAUGUCUCACAGAGCAGUGGAAGCAGGAAUGUCGUGCUCGGAGUAAGGACUUCUGUGUCUGUGAUUAUUGCCCUUCGCCGGGCAGUCAAACGACACAGAGAAAGACGCGAGAGGCAAAAACGGGUCUUCAAAAUGUCACUGUUAAUCAUUUCAACUUUCCUAUUUUGUUGGACACCUAUUUCUAUUUUAAACACUACAAUUUUAUGUCUUGGCCCAAGUGACCUUUUGGUAAAACUUCGAUUGUGCUUUCUAGUUAUGGCCUAUGGAACCACAAUAUUUCAUCCAUUGCUAUACGCUUUUACAAGGCAAAAAUUUCAAAAGGUCCUCAAGAGUAAAAUGAAAAAGAGAGUUGUAUCUAUUGUUGAAGCGGAUCCCAUGCCAAACAAUGCUGUAAUUCACAAUUCAUGGAUAGAGCCUAAAAGGAAUAAAAAUCUAACAACGGAUGACAGUGACGCGAGGCAGAAAUGUUUAGCACCUCAAGCUGCUACUGACUAGGGUACUGUACAGUCUUCUAAAUGUUCUAUGGAACAUGAAGACAGGUAUGAAUGAUCAUACUGGCAUCCAAUCAAUUCUUUUUAUUUUUACAUGGUUUAUUAAACUGUACAUUUUUAAUACACUGUGCUUAAGUUAGAUAUUCAUUUACACAUUAUCUAGUGUACAUGGUGCAUGGCAGUUUGUUGAAGUAUUGUGUAUACUUUGUCAAUAUUAUGUUA